CUAAAUAAUGUGCGCCGCCCAGAAUCCGCCGCCCUUCGGCUAUACCUGGGGCUUUGCAGACAACGGCAGCCGCAACGCCGAAUCUGUCCUGGAGAUAUCGCCGAACAUCAACUACACGGUCAGCGGGGAGUCGAUGCCCUAUUUGUUAUCCACGGAUGGAUCGUUGGCCGUGCAAAAGGAUGUCAAAGGGCUCACAGGUGCCGGCAAUAAGAAUGUCGUGCGUCGCAUGUUUGUGGUAAACGAUCCCUCGUUUCCACCAGGGACACAGAGGGUUAUCACUGCCGGAGGAUCAUCGACGGUGGUGAAGAAGCAGGACGCCAAUCAGCAAGUGUUGAGCCUGGACAAGAACUAUCUGCUUGUGGAUCCGGCCACGGCAGCAGCAGCUGCAGCGGCAGCGGGUGGCGAUCCUUCGGUGGCCCAUCAUCACCAGUUGGCGAAUGGCAGCAUUGUCGAUGCCAAGACCGGACAGACGGUGCUAACCGCUGGCUCGGCGGCGGCAGCCAAGUCGCACUUCAGCUCCAUUGGAGCGCUGCAUCUGACGCAAGAGGAGUGCAACGAGAUCCUGAUCAAGCGCGCCAUCGCUGCCGGCCAUCAUCAGACGCACACGAUCACCACUGCCGAUGGGACGCACCAUCAUGCGUCUGGCGGGACACCAAGUUUUUGUUCCGUUGGCGGUGCAACAACACUCUUAGGUGACAUACUUCCUGGUAUUUCAGUUCAAGUACAGAAAGUAAUCCAGGGACUCGAGGAUAACGAGGACUCGCAGGGUGAAGCACCCAAUUUAAAGUUGGAGCCAGGCACUUUGGAGCUGUCACCGAAGACCGAACUACAGGAAUCAAUGCAUUUCAGCGAAGUCUAUUCACAGACGGACGCCACCAUUAAGAAGGAACGCCCGUACAGUUGCGACGAGUGCGGCAAGUCCUUUCUGCUCAAGCAUCAUCUGACAACCCACGCACGCGUGCACACAGGUGGUGAACGUCCCCACAUUUGCACCCAUUGCGGCAAGAGCUUCGCGCACAAGCACUGUCUCAACACGCAUCUGCUGCUGCACUCAACGGAGCGACCGUAUCAGUGCCAGGAGUGCAAGAAGAGCUUCACCCUUAAGCAUCAUCUGCUAACCCAUUCGCGUGUCCAUAGCCGGGAGCGACCCUUUGUCUGCCAGGAGUGCGGGCGCGCCUUUCCGCUCAAGCGACAUCUGGUCACGCACAGCAAGUUUCACGCCGGCGAGCGACCGUACGUUUGCGAGGAAUGCGGUGAGAGUUUUGCCCAGGAGAAUCACCUGAUUAUGCACUCGCGCUUCCAUGGUUCAUUGAAUCCAUUUGUUUGCGCCGAGUGCGGAGCCUCGUUUCCACGCAAGUUCCAGUUGGUUAACCACGGACGUAUUCACGGCAAGAUCCCCCAUUCGUGCACGGUGUGCGGCAAAGAGUUUCUACAAAAGCGAACGCUAGUUUCCCACAUGAGACGCGUACACACUGGCGAGCAGGCGCAUCCCUGCGUCAGCUGCGGCGAGGGUUUCCUCACCAAGGCCGAACUGCAUCAGCAUGUGAGGACGGCGCAUAAUGGAGUCAAUCCCAAUACGAGCAGUGCCACCAUCAUAGCAAAUCAGCAGCAGCUGCAACAGGCUCAUCAUCAUCCCGGACAGCCGCAUCCACAGACCAUUACUGUGGUCAGCAAUCCGGCCAACUCCACGCUGCUGACUGUCUCCACUACGGAUGCUAAUGGCGUGGCCCGGCCGCAGUUUGUGUGCCGCGAGUGCGGCAGCGCCUUCAAUAGCCGAGAGGCCUUAGCUCUUCACUUGCGUCUCCAUACUGGCGACAAGAGCCUCAUGACCGAUCUGUGCGCUUUGACAGCCGCCCUGCCGGGUCACUUCUUGAGCACGGCCAGCUUGAAUCCGGGUACUGUGGUCACGGCCAAUCCCAAUCUGGUUGGCCAGAGUCCAGUGCCCGUGCAGAUAAUAUCGUCAACUGGGCAGGUGAUGUCGCAGACCACGCUGGUGCAGGCCGCCAACUCGACCCAUCCGCAAGCCGUGGUCACAGCAGUGCCGACCAUGCCUGUGCAUGGCCAGCAGCAGCACCUUCAGCACGUACAGCAGCAACAGCAGCAACAGCAGCAGCAACAACAGCAACAGCAGCAGCAGCAGCACGUCGUCUCUGUGGCGCCGGCCAACAAGCCCAAAUCGCAUUUCUGCGCCAGCUGCGGCAAGGGAUUCGCCGCCAAGCACGGCUUGAUGCAGCACAAUCGCCGGCAUCCGAACGGCGGCUGUACGGUGCGCACCCAUGUGUGUGAAUGCGGCAAGGCCUUCUUCCAGAAGAAUCACCUGAUGCUGCACCAGCGCCAGCAUCUGGAGACGAAGCCAGCCAUAUCGCAGCAACAGGAGGCGUCCUCGGCCCAGCAGCAACAGCAGCAACAGGCGGCUGGGUCGGCCAGCAGCGGACAGCAGCCGGCGCAGGUUCAAGUGCAAAUAAUGCCCGAUGGCCAGAUUCAUGGCAAGGUGAUCAAGUACGAGAUCUGUCGCAGUGUCCUGCCCGAGGAUCAGCAGCAGCAGCAAGAGCAGGCGGACAUGGACGGGGAAUAACCGAGAGCGACUGUAAAUACGUGGCAAGUGCAACAGCAGUGACAGCAGAAGCAGCAACUUUAGUAGCAGCAACAAUAGUAGCAGCAGCACCAGCACACACAUGGCAUUAUCCAGAUAUAUCCCUCCCGAAGAAGAGAAGAAAAGAGAAGUGAAUCGGGGCGACAGCAUCUACGUCUCGUGUAAGCGAUUCCCUUAAGUGUAAUAAAUUUUAGUUAGAAUCUAGGCUAGCGGCUAAGUAAUCGCAUUGUACACAUAUAUUAAUAGUUAACUAGCGUUUACAGAUGCAUGGAAACACGUAUAUAUAUAUACAUAUAUAUAAAAUGUAUACACAGACAUAUAUAGGUUUAUGUAGAAAGUAUCUGUUAAUUAUGCGAUGCGUUGGUCGCAUCUAAAAGAACAACCGCCGGUAUAUGAGUUGCAAAGUUUUAAAGCGUUACGUUCUCUAUUGGUUCUACGGAUAAUACAAAACACGACUUUUAAAAUAACAACAACAAAACACAAUUUAUACACACACACACACACACACACACAAACACACAAACUUAUAUAUUCAAAACUAGAUGACAAAUAUAAAUGCUUAAGUGUAAAAUGUAUACAAAAAAAUAACACGAAGAAAAAAAAGAAGAAUAUACUAGACGACUUUCGGUUAGGUUCUAGAAACUAGA